AUGGUCAAGAUCGCCAUAAAUCCUGAAGAUUUUGUUUGUUUCAGGAAUCACUAUUGGUAUGAGAUAUGGUAUGAAGUAUGCGUUUAUGAUUUAGAUAAACCAUGGAAUACCUAUACUGUAAUGACUGGCAGUAUACCUAUAUCAAAUAUAGCCUGGGAUGCUACUGGUUCCAAACUGCUCAUUGCCAACACACAAGGACUUUGUCAAGUAUGGAUUAUGCCUGAGCAUGUUUUGAGUAAAUGGAAGCUAUUUGGUGAAGCCAUCUUGGAGAAUGAAGAUAUUUUAAAAGUUGCUUGGUUACACAAUGGAAUUCAGGUGAUUUUUAAUCCUGAUAAAAAAGAUAAUAUUAUGUAUCAUGAGAAGUUUGUCAGGAAUAGAGUCACACCUACUGUUAGUAAUUUUGGUGGGAAACCAUUAGAUGGUUGGAUAGCUGUUUCAACUAGUGGCAUGGUCAGUGUUGGAUUACUUCAAGACCAAGAUCCUCAAAUUAUUACUAGUAAAACUAGUCUAUCUGCUGGUCAUCUCAGAUUAGCUGAGGUUGAUAUAGCCUUUUCAGCAACUGGAGAGGUAGUCUUUGUUGUCACAGAUGGUACAUUAGCAUCUGCAGUUCAGUGUUUCUAUGUAGAAGUCUCUCUUCAACAUUUAACUUGUACUUUAACAUCAAAACCAGGUCCUAGUCUCUUUAUGAAAUCUCAGCUGGAAUGUGGAAGCAAGGACAUUAGCUCUGUACAAAUUACAGAUUUAUACUUCAUGAAUAAAGAUAACCCUGAUACUUUACUAGUGUGUUGUGGUAACCAUAGUUACAGCUGUGUUGAAGUCUGGCAACUUGUGGAACAAAUGAUGCCUCUCAACAGAUUUUUCCAAAGUGCAAAACCAGAUUUUUCAUACAAAACACCAAAAUGGAUGCAUAAAGCAAGUGUAACCUCCAAUUCAAUGCUUACAUGUAUUGCUACUCCAACUUUGUUCAUGGGAAGAAACUAUAUUGAUGCUCCAGGAUUUGUGUCGUAUUUUGCCUGUACAUAUAAAGACGGUUCAGUGAAAAUUGUCCACAGACACACAAUACAGACAAUCCAUUCUUGUACAUUGGAAUCUCUUGGAAUAAGUGAAGACAGUCGGCCAAAAACUCAAUGUUAUUUUACAACCAUGGUGCAGACGCUCUCUGGGUGUGGAUUGAUAGGUUUACAUGGUAAUGAUAUGGUGUUGCUACGUGUCUUUAAUAUGCGUGAGGGACCAAUACAACUAUCGCCGCCUAGUGUUUUACUGUUAUUAGAAUAUAUGUUAUGUUUUGGUUAUGAUUGGUGGGAUGUCUUUUUGGCCAUUAGACAAGGAAUGGUUGAAGGUAUCUGUCAAAGGCUCUCAGAUGAUUUUCAGAAGCAACCUGGUUCCAUGCAAGAAUUUCUACGCAUGCGUUUGAUAGCCUUACAGAUGGCCCUAUAUAAUUUUCUCAGUAAUGGACAGCAGAAGGCAGCAGAUUGUCGAGCAUUGCUCAUCUGUAAUUCAAUAUCAUCUGUUUUGAAAGGAAUUUUGAGACCUAAAAGUGUAUCUGCUUCAGACAAGAGCCCAGCUGAAAAGUUGACUAUGAUGUGUAAUAGUCAGAAAGAAGCUGAUAUUGACAGUGUUUUACGUAACUUAGAUACUGAGGAAUUCAUUGUAGAAGCUUUAAAAAGGGGAGGUAAUUCUGGAAAUACACUUCAGUUUCUUCAACCACUAAUACAAUGGGUAGCGGACUUCUGUCUACAUUUAUUAUCAUCAAUACCAUUAUAUCAAAGUUAUGGUAGCUUUCCUGGUUCCACAUUACUACGAGAUACUGUGGUGCUCAAUAAUCUUCGUGAACUUCUGGUUAUUAUUAGAAUCUGGGGUCUGAUCAAUCCAGGUUGUCUUCCUGUUUUCACAACAACCUCUCAACUAGAUUGUUUAUCAAAUUUAUUCAAACUUUUAACCAAAACAUGGUUGUGUAGCAAGGAUAGUAAUCUUGAAUAUGAUGAAAAUUUAAAUGAUGAGUGUCUCUUACUCCCAAAUCAAGUUCUUAUUCCUGAUAUUAAACAGAGUUUUGGUGCCGAGAAUUACAGUUAUUCCAUUUUCACUCAGCAACUUCCUUUAUCACUAAAGACAAGAGAUGAACCAGAGUUCUUAUUUACACUACAGCAAUCACGACUUCUCUAUAUUCCUGAGUCGACAGUUGAAUCAAGACAAAGAUAUGAUAUUGUACGUCAGAUUCAUCUAGGAUUAAAACCAUCAGGUCCUGUCAGAGAGUGUUGUCGCUGUGGAUCCUUUUCCUUGCUCAACACUCCUACUAAUUCUGCCAUUUUGAAAUCAUGGGAACAAAGAUUUGUUAAAAAUUGUAUUUGUGGUGGUCAUUGGAAAUUAUAUGAAGAAUAAAUAGAGAUUUUUUCCUUGGCAUCAAGUAAAUUCACAUUUAGGCAGACAGGGGCAAAAGGAGGACAAUGUAUAUUUGAAUGGCUUGUUAUAUUUUUUGAUAACUUUUGUACAAUUGUGAAUAAAUCUAGAUAUGAAAU